GCAGCCCUGAAGUGUGGUCUUCCCCUUUGUCGACUUUAUGUCCUGCUCUUGCCAGCCUUUAUUUAUUUAUUAUUAUUAUUAUUUUAUUUUUUGAGUUCUUACGAUAAUGAUGAUAACAGAAAUCAACUCCCAAGUCAACGACCCAAUGUCUGCAAUCAUGUUCCUGAAUCAUUCCAAUUAUUAUUAGCCUCGGACUAAAUCAACACAAGCAAUUGCCGACGAUCAUCAACUCCACAGAGUAUUCAGCUUAGAGUUCCAGCCCAGCAAUCGCCCAGCACCAGAGUAAUGCAGAACGGAGGAGAAAGUGGAGGAGGAGGAAAUUCCACUCAGUCCAACCACCACAGCGUCCCCGUCGCCAUCGACCCGGACCUCAUAUCGGAGCUCGAGAGCCAAAUAAAUGCCCCUCCAAAGCUGCUGAGCCAAUUAGCAGGCCGGAGCUCGUGCUGCAUCUUCCGUGUCCCGCAGAGCCUCGCCGAGAUCAACCGGAAGGCCUACCAGCCCCAGAUAGUGUCCAUCGGCCCCUACCACCACGGCAACCCCAAGUUAAGAAUGAUCCAGGAGCACAAGGGCCGGUUCCUCAGCGACCUCCUCGCCCGCCCCAGAACCCCUCCUGGUAGCAUCACUCUCUGUGACGUCCUCGAUACCGUCUACCCCUUGAAGGAAUCCAUCCGGGAAAGCUACUCUGAGGCCCUUGAUAUCGAUGACCGUAAACUUAUCGAGAUGAUAGUCCUCGACGGGUGCUUUAUCAUUGAGCUGUUCUGCAAGGUAGGGAGGCUUGGCCCUGCCGAAACCGAUGACCCAUUGUUCAAAAUGGCAUGGGUUCUGCCCUUUCUGAUGCGGGAUCUGCUCCGGCUUGAGAACCAGAUCCCUUACCUUGUCCUCAAAGCCCUCUUUGAUCGCUGCAUUGGCAACUUUACCUGCACCAACACAAACACCACCAACAGCAGUAGCAGCAUUGGGAACAACGGGGAUGAGGGCGACCAAGAUCGUCCCUCUUUAGCAAAACUUGCCCUCGUGUUUUUCAACUACAUGGUCCAGCGCCCUGUGCAAGUGUUGGGGAAGUACUACGACUGUGAGGGAAAGCACCUCCUCGACUUGUUUCGACAGACUUACCUGCCACCGAAGCCGGAACUCCUAAGGCACCCAAGCAAGUUUCUCCAAUUGAUCCAGUCAGCGAGGAAGCUCCACCUUGCAGGGGUCGAGUUCAAACCGAAGAAGUCCGAAAGCUUCCUUGACAUUGACUUCAAGAAUGGCAUCCUUGAGAUUCCCGUUCUCACGAUAGAUGACUUCUCAAGCUCGUUGUUCCUCAAUUUCGUGGCAUAUGAGCAGUGCUACAGCGACAGCUCCAAGUACAUCACGACUUACGCGACCUUUAUGGGGUGCCUCAUCAACACCCCCAGCGAUGCAGGGCUCCUUUGCGACCAGAAGGUCGUUGAGAACUACUUUGGUACCGACGAUGAGGUCGCCCGGUUCUUCAACAACGUGGGAAAAGACGUUGUGUUCGACAUACACCGGAGCUACCUCUCCAGGGUUUUCGAAGAUGUGAAUGAGUACCACCGGAACAAUUGGCAUGUAAGGUGGGCUGGGUUCAAGCACACUUACUUUGACACACCAUGGUCAUUCAUCUCUGCCUUAGCCGCGUGACUUGCUUCUGUAUCCUUUACACACACAUCACUGAUCCAUAGCGGACUACAAGCACGUGGCAAUAGUCGAGUUCAAGGAUGAUGCAGCAGUGGAUGAGAUCUUGAAUGGAAUGGAGAAGCUCGUGUCCGAGAUCGAUUUUGUCAAAUCCUUUGAAUGGGAACAGGACACUGAAAGCCAAGACAUCCUGAGACACGGCUUCACCCAUGUCUUCCUAAUGACAUUCAAGGAGAAAGAAGACUUCAGCGCCUUCCUAAGCCAUCCCAUCAUGUCAGGUUUUCUGCUAAUUUCUCUGCUGCUAUAAAGAAGAUGGUCGUGCUCGACUUCCCUUCUGUUCUUGUAAAGGCACCAAUAGCGUGACCAAAUUCUUGCGAAUAAUCCCCAUUGCAUCUGUGUGCAUAUGCAAUAUAUCUACCAGUAUUGAUUAGAUCAUUGACCUUUGCUUCUAUUGGAAAAGGAUCUAACUGUCAUGCUAGGUUGGUGUCGAUAAUAUGUUUAAUCAGUUUAAAAGUAUCUGUAGAAACUAGGAAUGAGCUUCCAAUUUUCCAUAGUUGUCCUUCUAGAAAAACAAGGGAAGAAAAGAAAGGACUGCACUUCACGUAACUUGUCAUAAUCUAAGACAUCGUAAAGUCCAAUCCGACAUGGUUCUUCUUAUCCUUUACAUUCCUCGGGAAAAAAGAUAGAUGAAAAGCCAGAGGCUGAAGAAAUGGAGCCUAUAUGUUGAUGUGUGCAAGUAUUCAAGCCAAUAAGCUCUGACACAUGCUGGUGCCGUGUAUCAUAUUAUACAUGUCUUGGUUAAACGGCUUCAAAGCCCAGAAGCCGCCAACAGUUUCGCGACCAUGGAAAAAAAUGUUCUUUACGAUAUAUUUCUAAACUAAAACAUUGGGAGUUUUUUUUUUUUUGAAGACAAAACAAAUAGGAAAAGAUCACAACUGAUUCUUUUGAUCAGAAGAACACAUCUAUGGAGCAACCUCAUUUAGUAAUCGUGGUCCUUCUCAUGGAGGCUCUCGGAGGCACCCUCGGCUUUGUUGGCAUUCCUCUGGUAGGUGCCAAUUAUGGCCUCGGAAGUCGGAAUUGGCCUUGCACUGGGUGAGGAAGGCUUCCUGGGCCUUGCCAACGUUCUCCACCUUGCUUGCCCAGGCCCUGAUGGUGCUCUGCUAAAGGGGCCGUCCACAUGAGAACGAUAGGGUCUGUGGCUUCCUCACACCCUGCAGGUUCACGGUCACCUGCUCCUAUCUCUGGCCACCAGACAGGAAUACCACAAUAGGCACUGCUGCUGGUACGGACCUCUGCAGGGCCCUUGUGUGCUCAGCCACCUCCCCUGGCACUACUUUUGUGGCGUCGGUCUGUCGGAGCCCAGAAUAACCUUGUUGGGCUUCAGGAGGUUGCUGCUGACUGUCUUGGAGCACGCUACCAGCACUCGCUUGGUGACAUCUGCAUCAUUUUUCGAUGCUGCGGGGGCUGUCCAGAGGUAUCCCUGGCUCCACAAUCGGCACAAGCCUGUUUGACUGGCAGAUUACGGAGUGUAGUAUAAUAAGACGCAUCCUUGCCCAUGUACUAAGAAGUUUCACAUUCAAUCAUCGUCAAUGGGUCUUCCCAUGCCUUGUUA